AUUGUAGUUUGUUUUUUUUUUAUAUAAAUAUUUUGUGCGUUUUAUCAUCAUGAUGUUUCGAGAGAUUUCGGUCACCAUUUUAAUCCCCUUUUUGUUAAUACCCGAUUGUUUGUUGUCCGAGCUUCUUGCUCAUCAUCAAGCACCCAAACUAGCGGAAAAUAUUCACAAUCAAACAUUAUUGAUUGGAUCCAAAUUCAAAUUCUUUUGCUAUCUUCAAGCAUCCGGUAGUCGUCCAUUACAUUUUGAAUGGCUAAAAGAUGGACAAAUAUUACGACAUUAUGGUGAUAGGCUUACAUCGUAUACUAUUGCCACUACCGAAGAUGAUACAUUAUUUUCAAUUGAUAAAAUUAGAUUGAAUGAUUCAGGCAACUAUACAUGUCUUGUUCGUAAUAGUUAUGGUAGUGAUUCAAAAACCGUUUCAUUAACAAUCAAAGUACCACCUACAUGGAUAGUCGAACCGAAAGAUGUACACACUAAUGGCAAAGAAAGUUUUCGUUUGGAAUGUAAAGCUGAUGGAUCACCGAAACCGACGAUCAAAUGGAUUACAUCAAAAGGAAUUACAAUCGAAUCUGAAUAUCUGGAUGUCAAUAAGUAUCGGACUGCCAAUGUUGAUUCUUAUGAAUGUUUGGCUGAUAAUGGUGUUGGCGAACCAUUACGAAAAUCUAUCAAAGUUUCUUUUAUGGUACCCGUCAAAUUUCACGAAAAAUUUGCUUCUUUAAAAGUGAAACGAGGCGAAAGUGCAAGACUGGAAUGUAAUGCCACCGGCGAUCAACCACUUACUGUUCAAUGGACCAAAAAUAAUGUUAAACUUGAUAAACUUGGAUCCAACUAUGAAAUCAUCGAUACGAAUACUGAUGAUGGAAUUCGGUCCGAAUUGUUCAUUCAGACUAGCCAGACCAAUGAUGCUGCCGUUUAUAAAUGUUUUGUUGAAAAUGAACAUGGUAAAGAUGAACGAACUAUUCGAUUGGAAGUGGUGGAAGUACCUGGAAUGCCUAAAAAUGUUCAUGUCAAAGAAGUUUGGUCUCGAACAGUAAGCUUAGCUUGGUCAGAACCAUUCAAUGGUAAUCUUCCAAUUCAAAAAUAUACGAUUCAAUAUUGGCGUUAUCAAAGUGCACCACAUCGUCUUAACGAAGUUUUUGUUCCCGGAUCUCAAUCAUCAUUUUUUCUCAAAGAUCUAAGCCCUGGUCAAUCUUAUGAAUUGAGUGUUAUAGCUGAAAAUGAAAUCGGUAAAGGUGCAUCAUCAGCACCGGUCACAUUUACAACCGGCGAAGAAGAACCUUCAGCACCACCAAAUGACAUUGCAGCUGAAUCAAUGGGACCAUCAACCAUACGUGUUACAUGGCGAUCACCACCAAUUGAAAAUUGGAAUGGCGAAAUCAAAGGCUAUUAUGUUGGAUAUCGUAAAGUUCGAGACAAUAAUGCACCUUAUGUUUAUAUAACUGUACCGACAACAGCAGCCGGUCGAGAUUCAAAUCAAGCACAAAAAGCCCGACCAAAAGAGAUAACAUUUCAUGAAUACUUUUUACGGCAAUUAAACAAAGGAACUGAAUAUAGUAUCGUAGUCAAAGCUUAUAAUUCGGCUGGUAGUGGUCCACAAUCACAUCCAAUGACUGCCCAUACAUUUGAUGGUGAUUUACCACCAUCAUUUCAAUUAAAUGUUAUCGACAGUACCGAAGAAACAAUUUCUUUACAAUGGUAUCAAAAAUUACAUGGCUCUAAUUAUCCACAAUCAGCCAUUUCGGGAUAUACCAUUCAUUAUCGAAAAGAAAAUGAAGCCAAAUGGAAAGAAGUGCCAAUCAGUAAUAACAAUGCUAAUCAGCCAACUGUCGAUCCAAAUUCAUCAUUUAAUUCAUAUUCAUUUGUAUUGGAAAAUUUGGAACCAAAUGCAAAUUAUAUGAUCUAUGUGGCUGCUAUCAAUCGUUUUGGUGUUGGAGAUCCAAGCAAUUUAAUCACGACCCGUACACAAAACGGAAUGGCCGUGGUAUCGCAUGAAAUCAUUAGACGUUUUCAUGGUGCUAAUUAUUACCUAGAACCGAUGUUUCUAUGGCCAUUACUAAUUGCAUUGGUAAUCAUUGUAAUCGUUAUGAUCGUUGCCUAUGUAUGCAUUCGUAAGACAAGAAAUGCAAACAAUAAUCCCUUCAACUUGGACGCAGCUACCCUAAAUAAACGUCUAUCAGCUGCAUACAACGUGGGAACCACGCCUCGUUAUGCUGAUUUUGAAAAGACAGCCAAUAAAACAUUGUUGAUGAGCAUCGAUGGACAGCCACCAACUUCGGCUGCUGCUGGCGGUGUCUAUCCAACACCGUAUGCUACAUUACCAAUGGGGGCCGAGACACCAUGGGAACGACCAUUACCAAAUCCACAGACAAUGAAAAAAGAUGGCCACAUUUAUGAUCAUCCACAAUAGGAAAUGAAUGAAGAAGCAUCUUCUUUUUUUUGGCUAAGAAUCUCAAAAUGGAUUCCGAUCUCUACAUGCACACAAACACACACACACGAAUCUCUCAACAUGAUAUUCUGGAACAUCAAUA